UGUGGGUGAGCGACAUAGGGGCAUAGGGACAAUCUCACAGAUUACAGUGACCGUUACUAGCUGUAUCUUUCUGUUUUACUCUUCAUGGAUUUGAAUUUUGUUCACUUAUUUAUUUUUCAUCGAGAAAUUGGCAUUUCGUUCCCAUUUCCGCAAUUAGAUCAGCUUGUCUGUACACUUGAAGAUGAGCACAGAGGGAUAAGGCUGGCUACAUUUUCCCAAAAAGUUUCCCCGUCUGUCUCACGUGACCCUUUUUCUGUUUCGAUUGGGUGUCCUAACAUGAUUCUAUCAUGAGUUCCAAGAUAGUGAACUAUAACUCAACCUCAAGAAAGCCAAGCACGAUGGAUAAUGUAAUCGAUUGCAAUGGUGCCGGCUUGGACCUCAUUCAGAAUCGCAUUGAGUCUCUGAACAGUAAGAUGGACAAACUCAUCAACAUCCAGGAGAAGGUCCUCAACCGGCUGGACGGAAUGUCCCAGGACAUUGACAGUAUAGAGAGGGACAUGGAAACACUGAAGGUGGAUAAGGAAGAGAUCCAUAUCCCUGCCAGAGCCCGAACUCUACCACCGGCCCUGGCUCAAACCCAGGGCACGGGCAUGGGGGGCGAGGUGAGAGAGAUGUGUCAGGAGAUGAGCUCCAUCAUGACAGUGCUGGACCAGCGCUCGGAGAAGCAGGCUGAGAAGCUGGACGGGAUGGAAAAGCUGGUCCUCAGCAUCCAUCAGGUCAUCAGAUUCAUUGGGGAGACGAUGAAGAGCCCCCGGGUUAUGGAGAUGAUGUUUAUGGGUCCGGCAGCACGCAAGGCCUCCAAGUCAAAAGACCUCAAGAUGGCUAUUAAGAGGCAAUCGUCCGCAGAAAAGAGCAAGAGCUCAGUUACUAAGACGACCGACAAGAAAACUACCUCUACUAAAGCCACUAAAGGUACUCAAGGGAUGAUAAACCCUGCAUGUGAACGCAAACCCAGCACCCCGGAGACCACUCACAGUAACAAGACAACAAAGCUCCACGGACCAAAGAAUUUCCUUGCAAACAGCAAACCCACCGGAAACUUUCCAAAAGAUCACAAGAAGAAGGAUGGGAAGGAGAAGUCGGGUCUGAAAGCACAGAAAAAGAAGAAGCCACCAGACACAGCAGAUACCAUCUCCCUUAGGAAGCAGGUGUUGCUACUAGAGGAGGUUCAGAAGCUCAACAGGGAGAAUGCAGAGAGAUCAUCAUCAGGUCACAAGCAGCAGCAGCACCUCACCCCUGAUGGCUUCCUGGACCUGGAGGCUGGAUCUGGAGGGGCCUCAGAGGGUUCUCUCAGCCCAAACCUGCUGGACUUUAUCCUCGAGGGCCCCAAGGCCCCUGUGACUGAAGAGGAGUCAUUGUCUGAGGAGGAGGCUGCAGGAGAUGGACUAAAAGUGGAAGAGAGGAAGGAGGAGGAGGUUGUAAAAAAGGAGGAGAAGGAAGACCACCUUAAUGAAUCUAAGGAAGAGGAGAAAAAGGAGGAGAAGGAAGACCACCUUAAUGAAUCUAAGGAAGAGGAGAAAAAGGAGGAGCUGUUGAAAACCACAGAGAAGCCUGAGGAGGAUAGAAGACUAGAGGAAAAAGAGGGGGAGAAGGAGAAAGAGGGGGACACUACACUUUCUAAAGGCCCAUCAGAAGCUGUUGAUAUGUCAGUAAAGGAUAUCCCUUCUCUCCCAACCUCCCCUGAAGCUCCAGGAGACACCAACUCCAUUCCCGAGAACUGUGAAGACCACAACAAAAGUGCUUCCUCUCUGUCUCUGGAGGCAGCAAAACAGGACCAGAUGGAGGAGGGCGGCACCAGCAGUAAGCGUCGGGUGAUGGAGGAAGACCUGGGAGUAGAGGACCACAAGAAGAGUCGGGUAGAGGAAGGAGAGGAGGAGGAGAGGGAGGGGGAGAGGAAGGAGGAGGAAGAAGCAGAGAGACCAGAGGAUGAGGGAAGGGGCGUCUUCAAGGCAUACGGGGUGGAUAUCCGUGUGGAGCUGAAGAAGAGGCUGGGGAAAGAUCAGGCCACAGAAGUCAAGCAGUCUACUGGGGAACCGUUCUUCAUUGACAAAAGUCCUCCUCCACCAGCUCCAUUCAACCAUCGGAUAGUGUCGGCCAAACCCAACCAGAUCAACAACUUCUACACCAUCAACAGAGUUGAGAUUCUAGGAGGGGGUCGUUUUGGCCAGGUGCACAAAUGCAUGGAAAACUCCUCAGGUCUCACCCUAGCUUCCAAAAUCAUCAAAGCCCGGAGUCCGAAAGAAAAGGAGAUGGUCAAGAAUGAGAUCACGGUCAUGAACCAGUUGGACCAUGCCAACCUGAUCCAGCUCUACGCCGCCUACGAGUCCAGGAAUGACAUCAUCCUGGUGCUGGAAUAUGUGGAUGGUGGGGAGCUCUUUGACCGGAUCAUCGACGAGAACUACACUCUGAUGGAGCUGGACACGGUCAUGUUCAUCAGGCAGAUCUGUGAGGGCCUGCAGCACAUGCACAAGAUGUACAUCCUCCAUCUGGACCUCAAGCCGGAGAAUAUUCUAUGUGUGAGCAGAGUCACAAAUAAAAUCAAGAUCAUUGACUUUGGACUUGCCAGAAAAUACAAGCCCAGAGAGAAGUUGCGAGUGAAUUUCGGCACCCCAGAGUUCCUGGCCCCAGAAGUUGUCAACUAUGACUUUGUGUCAUUCAACACCGACAUGUGGAGUCUGGGAGUCAUUACAUAUAUGCUUCUCAGCGGUCUGUGUCCUUUCCUGGGUGACAAUAACCCUGAGACUCUGAACAACAUCCUUGACUGCCAGUGGAACUUUGACGAGGAAGAAUUUACAGACAUCUCAGAGGAAGCCAAAGACUUCAUCUCUAAACUACUCAUCGUCAAUAAAAGUUGGAGGAUAGGUGCCUCUGAAGCAUUGAGGCAUCCAUGGCUCUCUGAUCCAGUCCUCCAUCACCGACUUCAUGAAAAGAAGAACAUGUGUAACCGCUCACGGCGUUCUUCAUGCAUACCCAUUACAGAUAGUUGAGCAUGAUGACUAGACGGCGCCAGCUGUGGCCACCUGGACCAAGCCUGCUGUAUACCUGCAUAUUUACCAGCGCUUACCUGUCUAAACACCUGUAGAACUACAGCUGUAGAAUGACUGGAGCUUACCUGUCUGUACACCUAUAGAACUACAACCUGUAAAACUACAACCUGUAGAAUUACUGGAGCUUACCUGUCUGUACACCUAUAGAACUACCGUAGCUGUGUUAUGAAUGGACGAUACAUGUUACCUGAACUGUUAGCUCACUAGAUAUGCUGUUUUGUUGUUUUUAGCACGUAUGUCCAAGGAUAGGUUAAAAAUUAGACAAAAAGAAGGAAUUGGUUUUAGUGGAAACAUUAACUGACAGUCGUACUGUACUUUUUUGAAUGGGUUGUCAUGUACUGUAAAAGUGCUAUUUCAGUGUGAUGCCAAAGCUUAGAAGACUGGAGGCUGUAGUGAAAGAUAGUAUACUAGGUACAGCAUGUGAAUUUCAUCUGCAAUGCAUGUAUGACAUAACACCAAACUCUAACCUAGUAUCUUGUAAAUACUUUGGGGGUUUGAUUUUGUCAGACAAACUAGAUUCCAGAUAAAACUAUGUUUACUUUUAGCCAAAGUUUGUUUGUUUCCCUGUCGUACAGUUUUACUGUUCUCUUCCCUCAUGUGUGAAUCCAUCUUGAUUUGCUGUACUUCCAUAUCAGUUAUCCACAUUGCAUCUCAAUGUUUAUGCUGGGAUGCUGCUCUCCAUUUCAUUUAAUCUUCUGCUAACGUGAAAGAGUUCCAUGUUGAGUACUGUACCCCACUUUUCCUCUGACUGUGUGUAUUUAUCAAACCAAAGGAUUUUUCCGUUGAACUUGACUGAUAGAUAGACAAAUGUCACGUGUUUGUUAUUUGUUUUGUGCUCUCUUGAUAUUGGGUGUAAAUAGAUCAAAUAUGUAGUUGUUUGCUUAAACCUUUAAUGCAGACCUGGAGUACUUAGUAUUGAGUCUGGGAAAGUAUUGAUAUACUGUUUUCAUUUUGUUGAAAUCAUUCGAUCCAUUAUAGAAUUAUAGAAUAUCAAAUCCUGUUGAUAUUCUAUAUUGUAUUUUAGAAAAAUAUGUACUUUGCGCAGGAAUAUUUAUUACAAGAUGAUUGGCCUCCCAGAUUUAGGGUCUGCAUCUAAGGGUUAAGUUUCAGAGAUGACUCAUUUUGAUUUCACACAAACAGAACAAAAAAGGCCGAAAUUCAAGCAAGGAUAUUAAUACAUUUAAAUCUAAAAUAAUCGGACAAUGUUUGGGACGUUUUAUCCAUGUUCUAGUAUAUUUGUAAAUCUACAGUAUGAAAAGGGUUGAAUGGAUAUUGUCUGGUCAGUUUUCAUAAGCUCUAGCACUUUAUAUUGUUAUUUGUUUAAAUCAGAUGAAUUUAUCAAAACUAAUCCUAGCACUUAAGAGAAAAUACCAUGUUAGUAGUUAUGUUUUUUUGCUUGUAGUCAUACCCUGCAUUAUUUCAUUAUAUUUUGUUAAUGUGUGUGUGUAUAUAUAUAUAUAUAUAUAUAUAUAACAGUUUUACUUUAUAUUCAAAUAAUUCAAGUCUUAUCAGUAUUUUCUUUGUUUUCUGUGGGAAAAAAAUAUUUUGCCUUUGUUACUUUUUAUUUAAUGAAAGCAUGCUUUUUGCUUUCAUGUGCUCAGUAAAACCAAUUAUAGUACAUACAUGACACAUUAUACAUAAUUAUUUCAAUGUGUAGGGUUGUGCAUAAAUGUUUCCAUUGCUACUAUUGUUAUUUGUUCAAACUGUUUCUCAAUGCUUGUCCACAUGUUAUCAUUUUGUAAUUAAAAAUUAAACUACUUUAUUACCUUCCAUGAAUGUUGGCUAUUGGAAAGUAUACUAGCUAUUAGAAUUAAAUAUGGCUAGUAUUUCAUAUAUUACAUUUUUUAAAUAAUUUCCUCUAUGGUGUAUCUUAGGUUUACAGUUGUAUAAACAGUAAAACUGCUGUCUUUUUAAGUCCGUUGAACAUUGAUUGUCAUUGUUUUGAAGGAUAGAGUACAAUAAAAAAUACAAUAAUAAUCUGA